AUGAAUAUAUCUUACUUAUUGGAGAGUUCAAACAUGGGAAAUGAUGCUCAAUUUUUAGAUCAACCUCCACCUCGAUUUCAACCAGAUAAAUAUGUUGAUGAUUUAUCAAAUGUACCGUUAAAUACAAAAAUAAAUAAUAACGUUGGAUUAAGUUCGAUACAAACACCACUUGAAACACUUAAUGAACGUAGUGUUAAAAUUGAACUAACCGAUGGUAGUUGUCGUCAACGACGUCGAAAAUCGUCCAUAAAUGCUCAAAAAUGUUCAUCAAUAUCAAAAUCAAUUAUACCAGUAGAUAGAAUAUUUACAAUUUGUCUAUUUAUUCUAUUAAUUAUACUCGUAAUUUAUCUAUUAUUUCAUGGAAAAUCAACAGAUAAUAAACUAAAUGCAUUAAUAACAUCAAAAUAUAAUCAACAAGAUUUAAAAACUUUAAUUGAUCAAUUUAAUAAUACAUUAAAAUUAUUUGAAUUACUAUUACAACAGAUGUCUGUAUCAAAAUUAAAAAACGGUGCUGUCAAUUUUAAUCUACAAUUAACAGGUCAAGAAUUAAUCGAAUUUUAUAAAAAUAAUCGAACGAUGAUGUUAGAUGAUCUAUUAAAGAGACUAAAAAAUUAUUAA